AUGGCGUUCAGAUCCCCCACGGCCUUCACACCCGCAGCGAAACCACCACCCUCCGCGCCCGAAACCCCCAUCGUGAAGGACACCCCCAUUACACCUCAAGCGGUCCCAUUCCCGCCCCCGCAGACUUUUGAUAUCAUUCCGCCAUUGCACGGUCUUCUGCUUCGCCUGCUUGCAUCCCCCGGGACAGCUGGUAAUGGUGUCAGGGCCGCCGAAGUCAACAGUGGAGGCUCGGGCCCGGUCGGACAACCCACAAGUGCUCCUGGCCAGUCUCACUCACAGCCUGGGAAUGAAAGCCACGGCCACCCUGGAGUGCUGGUGACUGUUCCAUCCACAGGACCUGGACCGGUUUCCGCCUCGGCCGAACUUGCAGCCUUGGGAUCGAAUGCACCCCCACCGCUCGACAUCAAAGAUCUCCCGACCGAAGUCAGUUCGAUCAAGAUCCGAAUCCAGAAAGCGCAGACAGUGGUGGAGAAUUUGCCAGAUGUCGACCGCUCUGUUGCAGAGCAGGAGGCGGAGAUCCAGGAGCUCGAGGACCGUAUCGCAAAGCUCAAAUUCGUCGUCUCUGAUUUUGGCCGGAGAGCCAGUCCUCGGAGUGCGGGAAAGUCAAGAAUCACUGAACCUUGA